GAACGAAUUUAUUAUCUCACCAUCCACCUUGACUUAACCCUGCAAGUGCAACAGAUUCCCGGCGAACAAACAACAAAGCAAUCUGACACCGAAAAACAGUUAUUUAUAAAUAUAUAUUUCUCUUUGCGGUCUCUGCACUGUGUUUCGGUUUUUAAAUUCCUUUUAAAAAGCUCUUUUAAUUUUAUCUUAAAGGAAUCGGCUUUGUGCUCUGGAGAUUAGCGUUAAUGGACAGUAACUAUUAUAAUAAAGAGAUUGGAAUUUGUUUUUUUUUUUUUCCUCAAGGAAAGUUUUUUCGGUUCUUUUUGUAUGUUUUGUUUCCAGAGUCACUGUAAGUUAAUUGGGGAAUUUGGGCUUAUAGGCUUUUCCAUUUCUAUGCUUUUAGCUCAUUGCAUUUGAUUUGUGUACAAAGAGAAACCAUUAGUCACUAAUCAAUAAUCAGUAAUCAGCCAAAAAUGGCUCCAAUUCGACGAAGAAAAUCAAGAGAACCCACUAAUAGCUCAACGGAUUUGAAAACACCGAGCGAGGAGGACGAGGAAGAGGAAAAUAAUAAAAAGAAGCACCCAAAGAAGAAACCCACCAGUGUAAAAGGAGAGGAGCCCGGAAAGAAACCAAAAUGGUCUUGUGUGGAUAGCUGUUGUUGGUUUGUGGGAUGCAUAUGUGUAACAUGGUGGGUUUUACUGUUUCUUUACAACGCAAUGCCUGCAUCUUUGCCUCAGUACGUCACCGAGGCUAUCACGGGUCCUCUGCCCGACCCACCAGGUGUGAAGUUGAGUAAAGAGGGAUUGAAGGCAAAGCAUCCGGUGGUUUUUGUUCCUGGGAUUGUUACCGCGGGGCUUGAGUUGUGGGAAGGACACCAGUGUGCCGAUGGCUUGUUUCGGAAGCGGCUUUGGGGUGGAACAUUUGGAGAAGUGUAUAAGAGACCUCUUUGUUGGGUAGAACACAUGUCACUAGAUAAUGAAACUGGAUUGGAUCCUCCUGGUAUACGGGUUAGGCCUGUUUCUGGACUUGUGGCUGCUGAUUACUUUGCUCCAGGCUAUUUUGUGUGGGCAGUUCUGAUUGCUAACUUGGCACGCAUUGGAUAUGAGGAGAAAACAAUGUAUAUGGCCUCAUAUGAUUGGAGAAUUUCAUUUCAGAACACUGAGGUCCGGGACCAAACAUUAAGCCGCGUGAAGAGUAAUAUAGAACUGAUGGUGUCUACAAAUGGUGGGAAUAAGGCUGUUAUUAUUCCACAUUCCAUGGGUGUUUUGUACUUUAUGCAUUUCAUGAAGUGGGUUGAGGCACCAGCUCCAAUGGGUGGAGGGGGUGGACCAGAUUGGUGUGCUAAGCAUAUCAAGGCAGUGAUGAAUAUAGGUGGUCCAUUUUUAGGUGUUCCAAAAGCUGUUGCUGGGCUUUUCUCUGCUGAAGCAAGAGAUAUUGCAGUUGCCAGGGCGGUUGCACCAGCUUUCUUGGAUAAAGAUAUAUUUUCCCUUCAGACAUUGCAACAUAUUAUGAAGAUGUCUCGAACAUGGGAUUCGACUAUGUCAAUGAUACCAAAAGGUGGGGACACUAUUUGGGGUGGUCUUGAUUGGGCACCCGAGGAAGAUUAUGUUCCAAGCAAGAAAAAGCAAAUGAACAAUGGCACCAAAAAUGCAAUCCAAGACACUGAAAGUAAGAUUUCUCAAAGAAAGAAUGUUAAUUAUGGAAGAAUUAUAUCAUUUGGGAAAGACGUAGCAGAAGCACAUUCAUCUGAGAUUGAGAGGAUUGACUUCAGGGAUGCUGUUAAAGGUCAAAAUGUUGCAAACAAUACUUGUCGUGAUGUGUGGACAGAGUACCAUGAAAUGGGAUUUGGAGGUAUUAAAGCUGUUGCAGAAUAUAAGGUUUAUACUGCUGGAUCUUUGAUAGAUCUGCUUCAGUUUGUUGCACCUAAAAUGAUGGAGCGUGGCGGUGCUCAUUUCUCGUAUGGAAUUGCUGAUGAUUUGGAUGAUCCGAAAUACAAACACUACAAAUAUUGGUCAAACCCCCUGGAGACAAAGUUACCUAACGCACCAGAAAUGGAAAUUUUUUCCAUGUAUGGAGUUGGCAUACCGACCGAAAGAGCUUAUGUUUAUAAGUUAGCCCCUUCUGCUGAAUGCUACAUUCCAUUUCAGAUUGAUACGUCAGCUGGUGGAGAAAAUGAAGACAGCUGUUUGAAAGGUGGAGUCUAUACUGUUGAUGGGGAUGAAACUGUUCCUGUUUUAAGUUCAGGCUUCAUGUGUGCUAAAGCUUGGCGUGGGAAAACUAGAUUUAAUCCUUCAGGAAGUCGAACAUACAUUAGGGAGUAUGAUCAUUCUCCUCCGGCGAAUUUUCUAGAGGGCCGGGGCACCCAAAGUGGUGCCCAUGUUGAUAUAAUGGGGAAUUUUGCUUUAAUUGAAGACAUAAUGAGAGUGGCAGCUGGGGCUACAGGAGAAGAGUUGGGAGGUGACCAAGUUUAUUCAGAUAUCUUUAAGUGGUCUGAGAAGAUCAACUUACCAUUGUAAUUGCAAGAAAUGUGGGACCUGAGGAUACGAGUGAUUCCAUGAAAACAGCCGCUUUUGGCUUGUGCUUGUCCUGAACAUUAUAAUUCCUAAACAAGGCAUCUAAGCUUUCUUGUUUCUUAUCUUGAUGUGAUUUAGAAGAAAGCUGCAAAGCUGGCUGUAGGAUAUCAGAUCUAAGUUUCCAUUAAUGUGAAGUUAAAUUGCAGCUGUUUUUGAUUUUAUUAGAUUAUAUUUGAUAUCCAUCUUACUACAUUUUGUAAUCUUUGUAUCUGGAAUUUUUGAAAUUGAUGUACCUUAACACGUGUCUGUAACUUUUACAAUCUAAUUGAAUGUGCUUUCCUUUGAAAA